GUUCUCGAGUAUCUAAGCGGAUUGUCGCUGUUUUUGAUCACUCCAGCACUGCCGCGAGUCGUGGCAAAGGCCAAAAGAUGGCAGAAUCCUUCGGCCUCGUAGCGAGCGUCUUCGCAACUAUUCAGAUCGCGGAUAAAGUGGUAUCAAUUUGCAAACAUUGCACCGAGAACGUCCGGGAUGCACCAUCAGGCCUACGCACAAUCCUCGUCGAAACCUCGUCAGUAGGAGCAGUCUUGCACAACGUCGAGUUUCUCCUCAAAUUCGAAGAACCAGACUCGGCUCUGCGAGAAGCUUUAGACGGAGAUGCAGGGCCUGUCGGAGAAUGUCAUCGCGCCAUCGAACAGCUGGACAAGUUGAUCGCCUCCGACCAAAGCCAGUCUCAAGGGGCCCCUGAUUCGAGAAGAAGAAAAGUGCAGGUCACCAUGAGAAACUUGGCAUGGCCAUUGAAAGAGACGAAGGCCAAAAAGUUGCUCCAAGAUAUUACACGGUGCAAGAAUACUAUCAGUCUCGCCCUUACCGCAACGUCCAGAUAAGUGAAAAUGCAGCAUCUCAUAAGCGGAUUAGAGGUGGCUUGCAGGUAUUCUAAAGACUUCACUUCACCUAGUCAUGACAUCAAGCUCAUACGCGAGGGAAAUUUACGCAUCCAACAAGUUCUGACUGAUAUGUUUCGCUCG